AAUGUUGUUUUGACAGAGAGUGAGAUACGAUUUUAGUCGGAUUUACACAUUAUUAAUCGCGAUUUUCUGUAUUAAGCUAGCGGUUGAACAAAUUGAACAUCGCUCUCAUGAAUGAUAGCAAGCUGUAGUUUGAAUAGAUUACAAGAUGGGCGGAGGAACCUCAUUUCCAAGAGAGCCAUUAGACAGAAACAAGGUUGUCUUAGUCACAGGCGGUAAUACCGGAAUUGGGUAUGAAACUGCAAAAUGGAUUGCUAUGUUGGGUGCAAAGGUCAUCAUUGCAUGCAGAUCAGAGGACAAAGCUUUAGAGGCAAUAAAAAGAAUGAAAGAGGAAUACGCUACAGAAAAACAAAAGGGAACCAAAGGAAUCAUUCAAGACGGCGAUAUAAAUGUAACAUUUAUGCAGGUUGAUUUGGCCUCCCUGCAGUCUACAAAGAAAUUUAUUGAAAAUUUCAAAUCUUCUGGUCAAAAGUUGCACACGCUAGUUUGUAAUGCUGGUUUGGGAUUUCUUCCACUGCAAAUGACAGAAGACGGAAACGAAUUGGUAUUUCAGACCAACUAUCUAAGCCAGUUCCUUAUAUGCGUACAUCUAAUACCUCUGAUGGAAAGUUCAGGUUUAGACGAUUGUAGAAUAAUAAUGGUUUCAAGUAGUGUCCAUGAUUUCGCACCACCGUUUGACAUUUCAAAAGUUCAAGGAAAAGAUUUGAAACCAAGUUCUUAUGACGAAAUGGGAUAUUAUGCUUAUAGUAAACUGUAUCAGGUUAUGCAGAUGUAUUUUAUGAAUAAAAGGUUGAAAGACACUAAUGUGUCAAUCAUAUCUAUUCAUCCUGGAAUUGUGAAAACAGGGUUUCAGAGGAAUUUCGACAAAUCUGGUGCUUGUUGUAUUACGUCAGUUGUUAAAUGCUUUAUUUGCUGUGGUUGCGCUAGAAAUGCUUUCAAAGGAGCAGAAACUGAGAUUUACACUGCAAUAGCACCUGAGCUCAAAGGAAUAAGAGAUGUCUACUAUGUAGAUUGUAAACCAAAAACUACAGCUAGCCAGUCAAGAAAUACUGAAAAUCAAGAAGCAUUACUUAAACUUUCUCUCGAGCUGUUGAAAGACUAUAUUCCGGACAGUUUAGCUCAGAGGUGGUCACCGAUCACAUAAAAAACUGUAUUUCUUAACUAGUGUUUGUAAAUUUGUCAAUUUAUUGUAAAUAACAUUGUAUAACACCAUUGUGCUAUCUGAAGAUGUUACCUUCUUUAUAGGACUAUGCCGUGUUAUGUUCGUCUAUCCAUGUUAUUUGAAACAUUAAGAAAAAAGAUACUUUCUCCAGAAAUAUGUAAUUAUCUUGUGCUUAAUGACAUGUAUGCUCCCUUUUAUUUUUCGUUGUAAUCGUAUUAUAUCCGUUGUCUUUGUCUAGUGGUAUUGCUUUAUGUCGUGCGUUUUCUCCUAACUUCGUGAUUUUUUCCAAUGUCUGUAUUGCUUUGAAGUGCUUUUAAAAUGUAAUAAAAAUAUCCGUACUUUAACUUAAUGGUCCGCUGCAUAUAGGAUGCGAAUAAAAAAAUAAUUCUUAUAUAUGAAAAUAACACUUUGCGUAUAUCGAGCAUCUUUUGGACUUUUAUUGAUUUACCUUUAUCAAACCCAAACAUUUGGAAACCAAGGAUGUAUAAAACAUGAAUAUGUAAGGAGCUACAUGUUGAAGUAAGACUACAUUAGAUUAUCGAUUUUCGAUGCGUAAACCGGUUGAAAAGAGACAAAUCAAUGUGAAGAACAAAUAAUGAAGAACCUUAAAAUGUCCAAAUCUAUCUAAGGUCCAUUUUGUCUGAGAUAGAUAAGAUCUUACUUUCUUAAUUUUAGCAA